CUUUACUUCCAGCAUCACUCCGGAUCCAUCAGAUGGCAGAGGAAAACGGAUAAUAGCAAUGGCGGCUGGGUGGGAGGAACUGCAGCAGAAGUCGUAGUAACGGACGCCAAAAACAACACGCCCCUGAGUGCAGUAGCUUACAGCUUGAAUGGGGUGUCUACUUGGCACCUUUUCUAUAUCGACUAUAAGAACCAGCUGAAAGAAAAGACCAAUAGCAACGUAACGAACAUUUGGGUAGAUGGUCCCUUGACGGCAGGCAACUACACAGUUCUGGAUGCCGAUCAAGUAGGCAUGCAAGCUUGUUGGUAUGGCAAUGAUUACGGCGAUGCCGACUAUAAGCACAGUCCCCUGCCAAAUCAAGGCAAUACCACCAACAGCACGUCAGGCUCCAAUACCGACGUGGGUAUGCAUCUCUGGUAUGCUUCCGAUGCUUCUACCUUUCAGCAGCUAGGGUGGCGUAACGGUGACAACAACUGGACCUUCCAACAAGAGUGGCACAACAAGAACGGCCAUGCAGGCUUGGGUUGCUACUCUUGGGGCCCCGGUACGAGUACCUAUGUCAUGAUGGUCAACAAUGAAAAUACUGUGGAGGUGUGGUGGAAAGAUACCAACACAAACAGUUCAUCGACAGCCAGCCACCCAAUCAAUCAAUGGACAAACAGCUCAAUAGCCAUCAACAACGUCUAUCCUUCAACGAGUCUUGGCUACACCAACGCCUUCUACGCCCAAGGGGACGACGGCUGGAUUAAAGGAUACAACAUAAGUUGGGCUUCCGAAAACACCACAAUCGAGAACAGUUUCCCGGUGAACUCACCCGGCCUCCGGGGAACGCACAUGAGUGUCACAACUCUGCCAGACCCGAGCGGAGGAGACAGUUUGUGUGUCUUCUACCAGGAAACUGGAAGCGACAUCACUUUUGCAACCAGAGAUCUGCUUCAAGGUACUUGGACGUCGACAACACUGGAAAUCCCUGAU